GGGAGAGUGUGGCGUGCAGCUCGGACCGCUGCUACCCAACUGAACUGAGGUCGGUCCAAGGGCCGACAGGCACCGACCAAUCGGAGGGCGUAACAAAGGGUGACGAGCCAACCCGCCGCGCUCGGCGUUGCCGGGAGCCGCGCUAGGCGUAAGCUAAUAAGGAAGAAGUUGGGCGUUGAGAGAGCGACGCUGAUUAGUGAACGUUAAAUCACCUGAAUGAAAGCCCACUUGUGAUUCGCCCCAAGUAAACCGGAGACCGGUGGGCUGGAAAGGGCCGGAAUCUGAGGUGGCUUGAGUCAGUGUGAAAAUCGGGGGAUGGGUGAGAUAUCUCCCACCAGCAGCAGCACUUAGGCCACAUUACCCUCUGAGGAAUCUACAUUUGUCUUAGAUAGACUGAGAGUUUUCGUCCUCUUGAAUAAGAACUCGACAAUAGAGUGAGAACUAUCUGUCUUGUGAUCGAUUGCCUGGUGAGUCAAAGCUCACACCAUGGAUUUAACCUGAGAGCUUCAACGUCUGCUUUGGCCCUGGAGUUCCUUCCCAUGCCCCAGUGUCUUCUAACAGUUCUUAGGGUUUUGUAUCUUGGGAGGGUUCAGUUUUCUCCCGUGGGCUGGGGGGAAGAGGUCAAAGUAGAACUCAGGUACCAAAUUUGAAGGGAAAGAACUUCUGAGUGCAGAGCAGAAAACACCCCUCUCAGUCCCCGCCAAAGAGAAAGGCUUUGGGUUCUAAAUUUCCAGUUUCCAUUAAGGGACUCUGGGACUGGACAUUUCUGAAAAUUAAUGACCUGUACUGAGUAAUCCUCCUAACACACUGAUCAUCAGAAAAUUCCCUGUACUGAGUUUAGGCUUUCUGUAUUUGUCUGAAUGCCUUCAUGGGAAUGUGUGGCAGGAAGGCGGCGCUGGAGCACAGAGGACACUUGAUCGUGCGGCGCGCAGGGCGGGGGGCCGCCGCCGCCUCCCCGCGGGAUGGCUGGCACUGUGCUCGGAGUCGGUGCCGGCGUGUUCAUCUUAGCCCUGCUGUGGGUGUCAGUGCUGCUGCUGUGUGUGCUGCUGUCCAGGGCCUCCGGGGCAGCGAGGUUCUCUGUCAUUUUCUUAUUCUUCGGUGCUGUGAUCAUCACGUCAGUUCUGUUGCUUUACCCACGAGCUGGUGAAUUCCCAGCCCCAGAGGUGGAAGUUAAGAUUGUGGAUGACUUUUUCAUUGGCCGCUAUGUCCUGCUGGCUUUUCUUAGCGCCAUCUUCCUUGGAGGACUCUUCUUGGUUUUAAUUCAUCAUGUUCUGGAGCCGAUCUAUGCCAAACCACUGCGCUCCUACUGACCACUCUUCAGGAAAACGAAAACCUGUUCUCUCCUUCAUUGUGAUGAUAUCGAUGAGCAGAAAGGCACUAUUCAGAGCCUUGUUUUGACAGCCCUUCUGCCUUAAGACUAGAGGAGUAUCCAUCCAUCUCUAAGACAAAUCUCCUGAGUCCUGGCUUCCAGAAACAGGAUUGCCAAAUUGUCCCUGUGGGGCUAGAUUCUUACCAGCUUAAGAAGGAUAUUGCUAUCUUCUUAGUACCCGUACCUUAGGAUUUCCAACUGUUUUGAAAGGGAAAUAGUAACAGUGAUCUGCUUAGAGUGGAUUUUCACUCAAGUCCUUAGUAAGUGGAUUUUGGGGAAAGGAGCACAUGGGCUUCUGGUUCUUUUUGAUAAUAUAUAAAAUUCUUCGUUAUGAAGUUGCGGUCGUUUGCAAAGGAGAGGCACUCAAAUUCGAAAGGUUAUUUUAAUGUGAUAAUUUGGAAGACUUACUCAAAUGUUGGUCACUGACCACUCUGUGCAUGUAUUUCUGCAGAGCUCUAUAAAGGCAAUGAGUGUCACUUCCCUCUGCUCUAAUAAAGCAAUAAAUAAUAGCUAAAGGGCUGACUUUCACUUUGAACUCUUGGCCACGGCUUUUUGAAUCAAGUAUCUUUAGGUUUCCUUGGGAUUAGAGGAAAGGUAUGGAAAUAUGGUGUUUUGGUUUUUGUUGUUGUUGUUUUGUCUUGCCAUGUAUCUGUAGCUUUUUUUCUUCUAUGAUGUGGUGGGCUCUGAGUGCCUUAUUUAAUUACCAUGAAUCCAUUUUGGGGUGUCUUCUCUUUCAUCUUUGUAGCCCUUUCUCCAAAGCUCGUGAGGAAGGUAUAUUCUCAACAUUAGAUAUAACUUUAUACUUAUCUCAUCUCUGAGACCAAAUGAAAUUUGCAUUAAAUGGAGGGGCUCUGGUCAGGUUCCACUUUGGAAGUCUGAUCCUGACUUCCUAGAGCCAUUUGAAAAAGAGUCUUCUGGCUUAAAAUUAAGAACCAAGAAAACAAGUUGGAAAGAGAUCACUGAUGGAGUACGUGCUCUAUGCCAGUAGCACACUAAUUCCUUUGGGGUUUAAUUUAUUUAAUUUUUACAACAGUCUCAUUUUUAUCAUCCCCACUUUAAAGUAGAAAAACUGGAAACUUAAAGAGAUCAACUGACUUGCCCAAGCCUCACCUAACAGCCAGUGUGCAAACCCAGGUGUGGUAGGCCCCAGGGCUUGUCUCGGAAAGAAAACACACGAGGCUUUGUGGAACUCUGAGAGCUUGAGGUAGGUUAAGGCCACUGUUCCUUCACUUUCUUUCCUCAGUCCUGUUUUCAGGGUAGAGAAGGUACCCAGUCCUGCCACCCCAGAGGCAACUAAGCUCUAAAUUCCAAGAAGAAAGAACAGGUAACCAUUGAGAGUCACGGGCUAGUGAGGGGCAGGUAUAGUUAUCCCUGCCUCGAACCAUGUCCUUUAUCUUACUUACUUUGUAAAAACUUUGCAGAGAAGGCUUUGUACAGAAAACUUCAAAGGAAAUAGUUGCCUAAUCUGGCCUAGGGCACACAGGUAAGAAAAGAAAAAACAUCCUCUAAGCAGGUUGAGGGAGAGAAAAAAGAAUGCGUAAGUCUUGAGGGAAGUGAGACAAGCUGGGAUCCUCAUGUUAUUGUGUUACUCUGUGAGUCUCCCUGUGGCCCAAGUGGAAGCUUGGCUCCUAACAAACUCGAGCUGCCAAUUGUUGCCUUCUUCUGAGAGCCCUGCUAAAAAAGUAACUCUGGGAAAACUCUUAUAGGUUCCUGACCAUGAAUCCACCUUUUUUAUUCCCUCCAAAAGUUAUUCAACUAUUAGAUCAAUGGAUAAUAACUGUGAGGUUUUGGGUGACUAUUUAGAUGGAGGAAAGUGUAUUAAGGUUGGAAGCUAAAUUCUAUGCUUAAUACUACUGUUUUCUAUUUUUUUUUUUUUUGCCUGAUGUGACAGGCUUAUAUGUUAAAGAUUGGCUUUAGG